AUGAGGGGCCGUACGUUCAUCGCCAGCCUGAGCUUGCUGUAUAGCUGUGUACCAGCAGAUGCCAGUCUCACUGUACUCUUCCAGAAUGACGGCAACUGGACAACACAUGCUGAAAAGCCCAGCGCACUCUUCGUCAACAAUGCUUUGACCUACCAAGAUGCGCAGGAAACCUGUGCGCAGUACAAUGAAUCACUUCUUAGCUGCAAAGACUAUCCCGACUUCCAUUAUUCAUUCACAUACCAACAAUAUUUGAAGAACAUUGGCUCAGAUCAGCUCUUCUGGUCUUCUUGCAGCUCAGACCGUCCGACAACAUGGAACGGCGAACUAGCCAAUACUUCCUCGCCUGCUGGUCUUCCCUUCCUAUGCUCCAACUCCGCCAAGUUCGUCAAGCAAGUGUAUACCGAUUAUUCUGACUUCCCAAGAGUCAAUGCUAGCGCCAAUGGCGUCACCUUCGAGGGUCUGCGCGACCAUAUGGCAUUCCGCUUCAUGGGAAUCCCCUUCGCCCAGCCUCCCGUGGGAGAGCUUCGCUUUAAAUAUGCCCAAGAAUGGGCUAAGAGCUCUUACGUCAUCGCCACCAGAUACGGCCCUGCAUGUAUCCAAUCUGGCUGGUAUGACGGAAACAGCUACGGCCUCAACCCCUGGGGAAAUAGCGAGGACUGCUUGCACUUGAACGUCUACACGCCUUCUCUUCCAUCAGCCAAAAACGAAACAAAUUCCUACAGGCCAGUAAUGCUCUGGAUCCACGGAGGUGGCGAGACUUCAGGAACCGGUGCCGACUCCACUUUCGACGGCGAUAGCUUCGUCAGCCGCAACGACGUCGUUCUAGUCACCAUAAACUACCGGGUCAACAUCUUCGGCUACCUGAGCCUCGAUGACUCUACCAUCCCCGGGAACGCUCAACUCUCUGACAAAAUUGAGGCGCUCAAAUGGGUCCAGAAAUACAUCCGAGCCUUUGGCGGAGACCCCAACAACGUGACCAUCUUCGGUCAAUCCGCCGGUGCUUCGUCCGUCAUCGAUCUCCUCACUACCCCCAAAGCCAACGGCCUUUUCCAAAACGCCAUCGCCCAGUCCAUCGCCGGCCAUGUUGAGACCUCCAACGCUUCAGCUGCCGCUAUUCUCCCUUACAUUCAGCCCCUCUGCAAUAACACUACGGGAACUCAGCGCCUCAAGUGCCUGCAAUCCCUCCCGGCUGAAACUCUCCUGAACAUCAGCUCCUACGUAACUUGGGACACCGUCAUCGACAACCGCUACAUCUUCGACUACCCACUCACCCAGAUCGCUAAAGGCGAGAUCAACAAGGUCAACUUCAUUACCGGCUUCAUGCCCGAGGAGGCACAAUCCAUCCUCCAAACCACUAUCUCCCCCAACGCAACAAAUUUCACCACCACCCUCCAAACCCUCGUCAACAGCGGCUCCAUCACAAAGUCCGAAGAGGACGCGGUGCUCUCCUCCGACCUCUGGAGAAACUACUCCACUCCCUACAAUGCAACCAUCCACGUUGACUCGCCCGCCAGCAUGACCUGCUACUCCAAGGAAUUUGCCUCCGUAGGCGCAGCAUCCCACGCAUACAAAAGUCUCUACGUGUACCUGCACCAGCGCGCCUACGGCCUAAACUACUAUGACUGGUAUGAUCUCUGCACGUACCCCGUUGGCAAGCCCGACACACCUUACUACAAAUGUCACUCUGGAGAUCUGUAUGAAGUGUUCGGUACGUACUAUCUGUUUGAUUUGCCGGUCCGUGCACCGGAGGAUAUCUAUUACACAAACAUGGUGCAGGAUAUGUGGGCAGCCUUUGCCAGACACGGAGAUCCGAAUGUUGAUGAGGAAUAUCUUCGUGCAAGGGGGUACUUCAGCAGCCUGAAGUUGAUGGAGAGGUGGCAGUGGGAUGAGUUCACGGAGGGAAGUGGAAGCAAUAACGUGGCUAAUCUGCAGUAUCCCGUGCCAAUUUACUCGGGAUUGCCGUAUAUGGAAGAAUGUGCUGUUUUAGGCCUGGAGCAUACCAACUAGAGAGAUAGAAUGCAUUAUGCAAGAUAUAUAAUCGAGACAAUCACUCU